AUGGCAAAAACUACCGGUACAACUCUAAAGGAAUUCGAAUCCGUCUUCCCAAAAUUGGUUGAGGAUCUACUUGCCCAUGCCCAAAAGUAUAACCUCCCUCAACAAGGUCAAGACUGGCUCAAAGCUUCUCUAUAUGCCAACACAAUUGGCGGAAAGUGCAAUCGGGGAAUGUCUGUUCCUGACUCAGUAUCUCUCCUCCUCGAAGCUCCCCUAUCGGAAGAACAAUAUUUCGAAUCUGCCACCUUAGGAUGGAUGACCGAACUUCUUCAAGCUUUCUUCCUUGUAUCGGACGAUAUUAUGGACAGCAGUAUUACUCGCCGCGGUCAACCUUGUUGGUACAGACAACCAACUGUCGGCAUGAUCGCUAUUAAUGAUGCUUUCAUCCUCGAAUCUGCAAUCUACUCCUUGUUGAAGAAGUACUUCCGCUCUCACCCUUCUUACGUGGAUCUCAUCGAACUCUUCCACGAAGUUACAUACCAGACAGAACUUGGUCAAUUGUGCGACUUGUUGACUGCACCAGAGGACAAGGUCGAUUUGGACAACUUUUCCAUGGCGAAGUAUGACUUUAUUGUCACCUACAAGACCGCCUAUUAUUCCUUCUACCUCCCUGUCGCUCUUGCCCUUCACCAUCAGAAGAUUGCCACUCCAAAGAAUCUUAAGCAAGCCGAAGAUAUCUUGAUUCCACUUGGUCAAUAUUUCCAAAUCCAAGAUGAUUAUCUUGACAACUUUGGCCUACCAGAGCACAUUGGCAAGAUCGGUACUGAUAUCAUGGAUAACAAGUGUUCUUGGCUAGUCAACCAAGCAUUGGCCAUUGCAACACCGGAGCAGCGUAAGGUGCUCGAGGAAAACUACGGUCACAAAGAUAAGACCAAGGAAGCAGCAGUGAAGAAGCUGUUCGAUGAGUUGAAACUGGAGAAGAUCUACCAGGACUAUGAAGAGAAGAGAGUUGGUGAGAUCAGAGAAUUGAUUUCGCAGGUUGACGAGUCAGAGGGCUUGAAGAAAACUGUGUUUGACAGCUUCUUGAGCAAGAUCUACAAGAGAAGCAAGUAA